UAGUUAAACGACUCAAAAUUUAUUGUGAAACACAACUAAACAAAAGAGAAAACUGUAAAUGAUUUUCGUGCAUAGAAGUACCAUAUAUAUCUUAAUCACCGCGUAGAUUAUUGUAAACAAUAAUCUUGAGUUUACAAAGUGACAACAGAAGAGGCGAAAUUGGAAUCACGUGGUCCAUACUAUUUACGUUUGGAGCGGUGUGACGUCAAAACACUAUUUGUUAAAUGUGAAAAAUUUCAUUGAUUUUUAGGAAUAUGUCCUCAGAUUAAAUGUUUCAGGUUUAAUCAAAAUGACCGAUUCACAAGAGAGGGGACGCAAAUUGAGAGUGAAAGAGAGGAAGACGUACACAGAUGUGGACUUGGAUGAUGAUGAUAUUGACGGCAAGAGAAGUUACACUCUGGAUGAGAAACUCAGAUCCAACAAGUACAACAGAAAAUAUGUCAAUGAGCUGACGGGGACCGAGUUUGGUCUUAAAUACAUCCAAGAAAAUGGGCUUGAAAAUCCAAUUGUCUUUGUUGAUAAGACAGGACUUGGACUCAGGGUUCCAAGUGAAAACUUUAAAGUUUCAGAUGUUAAACAGUGUGUAGGGAGUAGGCGGAUGCUGGAUGUGAUGGAUGUCAAUACUCAGAAAGGAAUGGAAAUGUCCAUGCGGGAGUGGGUGCAGUACUACGAUAAUCCAGACCGCCAGAGGCUGCUCAAUGUCAUCAGUCUGGAGUUCAGUCACACCAAGCUGGAGAACUAUGUGGAGUCACCUACUUUUGUGAGACAGAUAGACUGGGUAGACACAGUAUGGCCAAGGCAUCUGAAGGAAUGUCAGACUGAGUCCACCAAUAUCAUCGAGAAAAUGAAGUAUCCCAAAGUUCAAAAGUAUUGUUUGAUGAGCGUGCAGGGAUGUUACACAGAUUUCCACAUUGAUUUUGGUGGCACCUCGGUGUGGUACCACAUCUUGCACGGAGAGAAAGUGUUCUGGCUGAUUCCACCAACAGAGAAGAACAUAGACAUAUACACCAACUGGGUGCUCUCAGGAAAACAGGGGGACAUUUUCCUGGCAGACCACGUGGAAGGCUGCCAGAAGAUUGAACUCCUGCAAGGAUAUACCUUUAUUAUUCCCUCGGGCUGGAUUCAUGCCGUCUACACACCUAAAGACUCCCUGGUGUUUGGUGGGAACUUUUUGCACAGUUACAACAUCAUAAAUCAACUGAGAGUGUCGGAAGUUGAGGACAAAACUCGUGUGCCACAGAAGUUCCGUUAUCCAUUUUACACAGAGAUUGCGUGGUACGUAUUAGCGAGGUACAUCAGCUGUAUAACAGGGAAACAGUGUCUGGAACUCCCUCCAGAGGACAAGGAAAACGAGGACCGGAGAGAGUUCUCUCCUUUUCUACAGGACGAGUGUUCCCAGGACACGGAUACCAGUGUCCACACCCACAGAUCCACCACCCCAAAACUCUCCAAGAGCGUCACCAUAGAACUGACCCGGAUAGACCAGUCCCCCUCCAUACAUCGGUCAGUCAGUGAGGAGGAAGCGGUCACGCCUCAGCGAGUCAGAUCCCCUCGCAAGUCAUCAUCUGACAGCUGUAGUUCUGCGGACACAGAAAUAUAUGACAAAUCUGAAGAUAUUCUAGGAUCUCUUACCAGUGGUGAAUCGCAAGAGAAAAAAAUGGACACUGCUCAAACGGGGGGCAAGAAACCCAAGUCUAGUGAUUCGCCGUACAAGAUGGCACACAGCCCUUCCAUUCGGGGGAACAGGAAGGAAAACAAAGUGUGUUAUUUGACAAAGUGGGAAUUUCGUGGACUUGCAAAGUUAAUUCAGUGGAUAGAGGAGCACCCUCCUGCCAAAAAGGGAUAUCCUAAAGAUAUAUUGGAUCCAGAAACACUGUUAAACGAUGCUAAGCAAAUGCUAGAAGAACAUGCCUCGGACGAUCAAAGUCUUGCAUGCAAUGGAGAAGCUCUUCUUGUUUGGCCUGCAUCCAAAAAGCCUCCCAAGCCAAAAGUGUACAAGACGGGCCAGGGACAUAUAAAGUUGACGAAAUCCCAGCAAGCCAAGAGUAAUUCUACCUCAUGUAUCAGGCGACGGCGAACGCGGUGUAAAAAGUGCGAGCCCUGCACCAGAACGGACUGUGGAGAGUGUAACUUUUGUAAAGACAUGAAAAAAUAUGGAGGACCAGGACGUAUGAAGCAGUCUUGCAAGAGCAGACAGUGUUUAGCACCUGUGAUUCCUAAUGCUGCAAUCUGUAUGAUUUGUGGGAAGGACGAACGGGUGAAAUCCUCGGAAAAUCCGGACGAGAUGAUCACCACCCUGAUGGAGUGCUGUAUCUGCUGGGAGAUCAAUCAUCCGGAGUGUGUCCGGAAAAAACAUGAAAACCUGGAGAAUGAGGGAACGAUCAAUGAGGACCUGCCAAACAGCUGGGAGUGUCCGAAGUGUUGCCAGGACGGAAAACAGGGUCUCCUAAAGGCCAGGUUUUCAAGGAUAAAGAAGGAAGAGAGUCUCUACAGCCCCCGAGCGGGAAGUCCAGCGUCAUCAUACGAUUCUACAACAGAGAUCAAAUCAGAAUCAGAGGCAGAGGGAAAACGGGUCGUCAUGAAGCAGGAAAGGGAAUAUUCUGACUUUGAAGUCAAUGACGAUUCCUUAACUGAAACAGAAAGCAGCUCAGUGGAUGCCAGAAUCGGAUCGACAACCACCCAGUCACCUGAACAGACCGCAUCACAUACACCCUCCCCCAAAGACCCGCCCACCUUCAAACAGACCCUCCAAAAGAAAUUCUCUCCCAAAUCUUUUGGGGUCCGGAGAAAACCAGGCCGACCAAUCGGCUCAUCGAAUCAGUUGAAAAAGAAAUCAGCCUGGAACAUUUCACCAAACAAAAGCUCAAAGGUUAAAGAGACCGUUAUAACAAGGUCUGGCCGCAAAGUGAAGAGAUCUCCACAGUUGUUGGGAGACGACAUGGAAUUAGACUUCCCCAAGAAACGACCAAAGCGUGAGGGCUUUGUAUCCAGACCGGAUGAUCCAGGUGAUAUGGAGGUCAAGGUCGUGAAAAGUCAAGGUCUUCUGUCAUCCACCGCCUCUAAUAACGAGGCCACUGAAAGCUACUAUUCCUCAGAGGAAGUCACUAACUUUGAAUUUGUUCAGACAAAAGUGAAAAAGGUUAGUGAAGAUAAACAGACAGUCAGAGAGAAUCCUCUUCCAAAGAAAACAUACAAAGUGAGGCAAAGUUAUGGAGCAGGAAGGAGAGGAAGGAAGGCCGAGAAAGUAAGCAGUGGGACCAGACCAUCUCAGAUGAAAUCUUGUGACAGCGGGCAGGGUAAAGUGACGGAGGUGGUGCAGAGGAAGUAUGUGGUGCGGCCCCCAGCCCCGUCACCACCUCCAGACUGUGUGGAACUUAACAAUGGUGCCUUCCAUCUGUUGGAGAAAGUCCACUGGACUAAAGUGUUUUCUUUCUUGCCUCAUGCGGACCUGGCAAGAUGUCUGUCUGUCUGCAAGGCUUUCUACAGCUGGGGAAUGAACUGUGAGCUGUGGCCUGUCAUUGAUUUAAGCCGAAAGAGAAUAUGCCAAACACACAUAAUAGGCAUGGUGAAAAGACAGCCGGACAGCCUCAAGUUAGACAAUGUGAUAAUGACCCAACAACAGCUGACCUGGUUACUGGCCCGCAUCCCCCAGCUCAAAACCCUGUCCCUGUCCUCUUGUUCCUGGUCCACGGUCAGUGCCCUCUGUUUCUCCUGUUGUCCCCUCCUGACCACCCUCAAUCUAAACUGGAUGCUGGGACUGAGCCACCAACACUUCAGGGACCUUGUGACCCCUCCCACUGAUUUACGUCCGGGUAUGAACGAUGUAAGUCGGUUCCACAACCUGCGCACCUUGCGAUUGGCUGGAACCGAAAUUGAGGAUGAAUCAUUGCAGCUUAUUCCGCAACAUCUGACCCAGUUAAGAGACCUUGACAUUAGUUAUUGUCCUAGGGUGACCAACGAAGGAAUUAAAAAGCUUGUGGAGGCCAAUAAUGCAGUGAUUACCAAGUCUCUGCGAAUAUUGGACAUUUCGGGGUCACGCUUACUAACUAACCAAACCCUCGACAGUUUGGUCAAAUGUGUCAACCUGUCUGUGGUCAAAAUACACAAAUGUUCCAAUAUCACAGCCAUAUCAGUGCAAAGGUUUCCCAACAAGGCGGUGAAAUUUUUGAAAUGACUUCAUGAUCAUUCAUUAGAGAGGCCGAAUCUAUUCUCAGAGAUACUUUUGUUUUCAUUUAUAAUGUAUGAAAUACAUAAACAAAUCCAUUAUUUUCGCAUUAAAAUGAGUCUCAUGAAUUCAA